AUGGAUAAAGUGAUGCUGAAAUACAUUUUCGAUGAACUAUGUACGAGUUUUAAUAAAAAGGAAGUAAAUUCUUAUAACAGAAAAAAAGAGGACAAUGAUAGUAACAUCCAAAGUCAAGUUAACUACAGCAUAACGUUGCAGGAGUUAUUUGAAAAUCUAGAGAGAAACAAAAAUAUGCAUAUGGACAUAUACAUGAAAAGAGAAGUAUUACAAAUCUUGUACUAUUCCAAAGAUGUAAGUAUAUCACAACAAGGAAAGCAGGUUCCCCAAGUCACUGAACAUAGAAGUGAUGAGCUGUAUUAUUAUAACGACCACCUGGAUCACUAUAACAACCAUAUCGAUUUGCAUCCAGAGGAAGAAAAAAAUUUGAAUUUAAUUCUAAACGCAGCUAGCCAGUUUAAUCUUUAUAUAAAUAACAUAUACAUAUACAACAAGCACAAUUUAUUUUAUUACGAAAGAAUAAAAGAAUGUAAAGAAAAAAUUUUUAUCCUAUUAUAUAUAAUUUCUGGAAAGUACAACGGACUAAUUCAAAGUUCCUUGUCUAAGUAUCUCAACUUGGAUGUAAAGAUGGUGCAUUAUCACUUAAAAGUACUGUUUCAGUAUUUGAUAAUAAAAAAAAUAAGCAUGAAUAUAAGAAAUUUGGAACAAAAUAUAGAUUGUAACAACAAUAAUAGUCAUAGUGGCAAUAGAAGCACAAUAAAAUUGAACCCCUCAUAUAUUUUAUACUUUAACAUAUACUUUAUAUAUAAUUUGUUACCCAUAUUUAUUAAAAAUGUUCUAUAUGCACAGAACGUUUUAUCAAUCAAUAAAAUUAUUUUGUACCUUCUUAAUAAAUUUGUUAUAAUACCACAAAAAACACUGUCUUUAAUAUUUUUCAAAUUACUAAUUGUGUAUAACCCCUACUAUUUUAUACAAAUAAAAAAGGCGUUAAAAAUUUUUAACUCAAUUUUAUCAAACUUAACUAAUACAAAGAAAAUAAUAAUGUGUAAAAUUAAAAUUCAUUCAUCUUAUGAAAAUUGUUACUUAAACUAUGAAAAUAAAGACAAAAUAAAUUACGAAAAUAUAAUUAAUUUCCUUAUUCUAUUUUACUACAACUAUGAUUACCUCAUCAAAUUUAUAAACAAAUCAUGUUACUUGAUGUGUGAAGAUUAUGUUAAAGAAAUUGAGUUCGAAAAUGAAUUUGUCAGAAGCAAUAUUACAACAGCUAGUACAUGGAAUCAAAUGGGUACGCAUCUAAAAAAUGGACACACUUUCAAUCAUCGGCUACAUAAUAUCGAAAGAAAUGAUUUCAACAGUAUAUCCGAUCAGUUCAAAAAUCAAGUUGCAUAUGACGCAUCUAAUCAAAAUGCAAAAAAUAGAGAUCCAUCCAUGAUCAAUUGUCAAUCUUUGUACUUGUACAAAAAUGAAAACAAUUUUGAUGUAUCACAAAAUAAUGUAAAUAAACAUGGGGAAGAAAAAAAUAUAGUAGUAAAUGAAAAAAAUUGUAAUUUGCUAAUAAAUGAGUUUAAAAUUUUCAUGGAUUCCCAAGUACAUAAUAGAUUAGAUAAUGCCGGUUAUUACUCAAGCUCACAAAAUGGAAAAGAAGAAUCAAGCGAUUCAGAUUUCUACUUUCUCUAUGGAAAUAAUGUAAUUGAGGAUGUACAUAAAAAAAAUGAGGACCAUAGUGAACACAAUGAAGAAGGGAAUAAAGAAUCCUCCCCUGUCCAACCAACCACUGCACAACCAUCCACUGCACAACCAUCCACUAUCCAACCAACCACUGUCCAACCAACCACUGCAUCUACGUCUUCAAGUAGCGAUUCCGAUAAUAACGCCUACAUCAAGCCUUCCAAUAAAAAUGGAAAUAUAUACUUGAACGAUCUUUCUAUGUAUAACAAAAUUAAGUACCUAAUUAUGAGUAAAGGAAUAAGAGGAAUCACAACAAAGGAAAUUUCACACAUACUUUUUCUUUCAAUUAAAAAAACGAACACAUUUCUUAGCAAGUUACUUCGAAAUAAAGAUAUUGUAAAAAUACCUGAACGGAAAGACAAAAGCUUUAUGUACAGGUUUAUUGAUAAUUACAUUUAUCAGUAUGUACAGAAAAAACCUCAAGCUAUUUCCAGAAAAUCUAAGGAACAACAAAAUGAUGUGAAAUUUAUUGAGAUACAGCCUCACAGGGUAGAAGUAGAAUUGACAUCAAUGGACACAAAAGGAGAAAAUUUUACAGAAGAGAAUGGAGUAACACAAGAUGAGCCCAUAGGAAAAAGCAAAUAUUGUUUUGAAAAUAAUAAAAAAAUAAAUCAUACACGAGGACUAUGCGAGAGUAAUACUUCCCCAAUAGGUGAUAAUGACACAAACUUAUUUCAAUCUGAAGAAAAACUAAGUGAUGAAAUUUGCAAAGAUAAAGAUUUCCAAGAUAAAAAUUUCAACGAUAAAAAUUUUAGUCUUAUACAAUUUAACAAAUUAAAUGAAUCUUUAAAUGUGUUGAAUUAUACCAAUACUGUAAACGAAAUAGAUAUUGACGUGUUAACCUAUGUCAUACCGAAACACAAAGAUUCUGUUGAUAGUUUCAAUAACUACAAAGAUUUCAUUGACAAUUAUGUGAAGAACUUUAAAAAUUUUGAAGAUAAAUAUGAUUUAUAUACAUGCAGUUUUCAUCUCUUUUACUACCUAAAGUUUGUUCUAAAACAGCAUAACAACAAUUCCGUUACAAAAUUUAACACCGACGAAAAGCAAAAAAGUAAGAAGCAUCUUCCGCAUGAUGGGACAAAUUGUGAAGUGAACGAAAUUGAUAUUUCCAUAAAAAAUGUAGACUCAUCUGAAAAAAACAUUAAUUUUAUAAAAUAUUUUAUGGAAGAUACAACAAAAUUAAAAAGUAACUUGUUUAUUAAAAGACUCUUCAUUUUUUGUCAUUUUCUGCUAAGUUCAAAGGUAACUACAUUUCGAUAUCUCCAAGAUUUAUUCUUCACAAUAGAAAACAAUGGAAGAAUGAUUGAUAGAAAAUCUGUUCAACGUCUUUUUAAUUAUUCCAUAAAAGUUAAUAAUCUUUUUAAAAAAUACACACUUCUUAACAGCAAAACGGUUAAGUACUACUUCUAUGAUUCAAAUGUUUUAUCUGAAAAACAGUCAAAUGAUUUGUAUACAAAAUUUCAACAUGAUUAUGCAAUUUCCUCUUACAAGUAUACAAAUUCGAAUGACAAAACAAAUAAAGAGAAAACAGAAUACUAUAACAUUAACACUGGUAAUAUAAUUAAUAACAAGUAUAAACAUACAAUAAACAUUUCUAAUGAAAAUGUCAAAAAUGGCACCGAUUCUGCAGAUGAAGCAUUAUCCAAUGCAUUAAAACAUGAACCCAACAUGCAUUUUCAAAUUAUUAACCAAGAUCAUACUGCACAUUUUUCCUCAAACUUUAAAAAUACACACGAAAAUUAUUUUAUCGAUUUGACAGAAUAUCCAGAAAAUAGUCAACCAAUAGAAACUACAUCCAACCAUUUCUCAAACAAUUAUGAAGACAAACACCACACGUCGUUCCAGACAUUUUGCGACGAGAGAGAAACGAAUAUAAUUAUACCCAAUAACGACAUAUAUUCAACAAAUGAUAGAUGCAACCCAAGGGAUUCUAACACAUCAGCCUCCAUUUUGAAUAACAACAUAAUGUGCAACUUAUUUCCAGAAGAAAUAGCUAUUCGAAGCAGCAAAAGAAAAAUAAUAGAACCCACAGUUCAAAUGUUUAAUAAAAGAAUCAAAACUGAGCAACUAAAGCAAAUUAGUGAAAAUAUAAUUAAGCUUCCAACAGGUGAAUAUGUGGAAGAAACUAUGCACAAGUUCAAUGAAACAGAUGGAAAAUACAAACUAAAUGAUAAAAAUGAAAAUUUCAAAUCAGAUUCACCAACAGGAAAUCCAAAGCAUGUCAAUAACGAUGUAAAAAAUUUAAAUAAAAAUGAAAAAGAUGGAAACGUACUUUAUAUUGACAUACUAAACGAAUCAGCUUUUAAAUGUAAAGAAAAUCGAAUUAUUAGCAAAAAGAAGAAAAAAAACAAUGCUUUUCAAAAUUUUAAAACAUCCCAAGAAUUCUCCUAUAGCAUAAAUUACUUUAAUGGAUAUAUUUUUUCAAAAAUGGCUAGAUAUAAAUAUUUUCACAAAUGUUUAAUUCGAAUAUUAAAAAGAAAGAAACGUAGGAAGAAAAAUAAAAGACGUAAUACAGAAAAAAAAAAAAAAAAAAAAAAUUCCCCUCAAACUGUAAUCGUGUCAAGCCCAGAGAACCCAAAAAAAAGGAAAUUAUCAUAUAUAGAAGAAAUUAAAAAAAAAAAAAAAAAAAACGUCAAAAAAAGAAAUAGCAACGUAUUAAGUGUGAAAGACAUUUUGAAAAAUCUAUAUCUUGAUGAAUAUUUAAGAAUUAUCAGUAUAGGGUGCAAACUCAAUUACAUCGGAAAUUAUCUCUUACAUGAAAAACAAAAAAAAAGAUUGAAAGAUUUACCCACAAUACUAUUUGAAUUUUUAACGUCUUAUUCUAUGCUAAAUUGUACCAAACAAAACAUGAUUGAAAAUUUUAUCCUAAGCAACAAUAAGCAUCUCAAGUUGGAUCAACUUAGAACCUAUGAGCAAUAUCAUUUGUCUCUUUAUCCUAAUUCUAAUUCCACUAAAUUAGUUAGAAAUACAGAAAUAAACUUCAAUUCAUCAAUCGAAUCUGUUUCUACUUUAACAAUGGAUGCAAGAUCUACGCAUGUUGCCUCGACGAACCAAGGAAAACUCAAAAAAUCAAGAACAAAUUAUGACUCAUAUGAAAAAAAAAAAAAAAAAAAAAAAAAUGAUUUAUGUCAGCACGAUAUUAACAUAAUAAAAAGUAGUGACAAAAUAUGUGUAUUCUUUUUCUUCUACAGGAAGUUAAAAUUUUUAUGCAACAUGAAUUUAAUAAAACUAAAAUUUUAUGACAUGAAUAAAAAUUUUACACAUAAACGUAAUGUUAAUACAGUUAUAAAUUCAAAAAGUAAGGAACCUAAUUUAUCAUUUCUAGAUUUAAAAAAAAAAAAUUUACGAAUUCUUAUUAAGAAAAAUGUCCACACGAAUUUAUUCAGAUCCAAAAAAACUAAAAAGAAAUUACAGAUGUACAACAUGCUGCGCUACAACCACUUUGAGGAGUACUACUAUAACAUAUAUCUAGCCGUGGAACGGUUUAAGAAAUUCCUUGUUGAAGCACGUCCAAAAAAAAACGUGAAUGAAAAACUAACCUUGCAAGAUAUCCUAAAAAGCUCGAAAAUUAAAAACAAAGGCCUGAAAUUUCUUUUGCUGCACAAUUCUUAUGCAAAUCAAUUAUUUAUGACAAGAAAACUGAGAAAUAUAUUCUUAAAAUUAGUAAAAAAAGUGAGAAAAAGAAACAUAGGAAAUUCAAAUUUAUCGGAAAAUUUAACAACAUACAGAGAAUAUAACACACUUAGAGAGCUCUAUAAUGUUUCAAAAACUAAUAUUGAAAAAUAUUUUGCAAUUUUUUACGAUUGGUAUAAUAAAGAAAAAAAUGGAUACUCAACCAUGUCAGAAAAAGACCUAACCUUUUCCUGUCCUUUCUGCAGAAACAUGUAUUUUUUUAAAAAUGAUUUGUUAAGCCAUAUAUCCAAUGUGCAUAAUGUAAACAAAAAGUUUUCACAACUCAUAUCCUUCUUUUCGAAUUCGAAACAAACGAUACAUAGAAAAUUAAGUGAUUUUCUCAAGAUUAAAGAUAGAGCAAAAGGAAACUUAAACGUAUUUUUUCCGGUACAUAAUUUUAACAACCAUGUGAAUAAUAUUAACCAGGAUAUCGCAAGUAUAGGAAAAAAACAUACAUUUAACAUCGAACCAUAUCAUCCGACUCAUAAUAAUGAUGAUCCAACUCCUGAAAUGGGAAAUUCACAUAAUCCAUUCAACAGUGGAUUUCAAAAUCAAGUUGAAAAAGUCUUACAAAUGAAAAACACAAAAUGUCAAAUCAUUCCUUCCAAAGCGACACAUUUCCCAAGUGAAGAAUCCAAUUACUGUACAAGGGAAAGCACACAAAUAAUUGACAAACAAAAUGAGACGAGCUCCAUGCAAACUAAGACGAAGAACACACAUAAUGAAAAGAACACCCAUUUGAGAAACAAAAAUUUGAACCAUAAACAGUUAACGAAUUUCAUAGAAAAGGUAAAGGUAAAAUAUUCCCUAAGAAUUGUUUAUAUUUACUUUGUCACGGUGAUUGUUAAACUGGCUAUGUCGCAGAAAUAUUUGGAAAAAAUGAAAAAAAAGAAAAUCCAAAAUCAGGAAAAAAAUCCAAACCAGAGUCAAAGUGAACUCCUACCUAUGGACAAACCAAGUAAAAAUUGCGAAAUUUUUCCCUCUCUAGAGAAAAAAUCCUUUCCUGAUGAAGAUUUUAAAACCACUAUUAACACGAUGCAGGAAGAAUUCAAGAGCACUGAAAUAACUAAUGCACACACCAUGAAUGAUAAAAAGAGGUGUCAUAUUAAGAAAAAACUGAUGAAGGAAAAAAAGAAAAGCGGAUCUUAUAAUUUCUUUAAUAGUACACACUCAAAGUGUUAUCAUAAGAAAAAAAAACAAAAAUGUCGUAACAAAGUAGUAGAAGUUUCCCAUGUGGACAUAUCAGAAAAUCGGAAUGAUUUUGCAUCUAUCCAGUUGAGGAAAUUCCAUGUGAUAUACCAUCUGAAAAACAGAACAAAUACCAUACCAUAUAGAAAAAAGAUAUGGGUUAAAGCAAACAAUAUGAUGAUCGGAAAAUUCCAAUACAAUAUUUGUAUGUACAUUCAGAAAAAAUUGUUUCUAUAUUUCAAAAAAAAUAUUGUUCAUUAUUUUUUCAUAUUAUCUAAUGAAAGUUUGGCUAGAUGUAUUCUAAAUUAUUUUGCAACACAUAUAUACAAUUGUACAUACACUAAUAUCAAUUACUAUUAUGAUAAAUAUAUAAAAAACAUCUACAAUUUUAAAUUCAUAUCCCUUGUUAAUUUAUUAAAUGUUUUUAUAAUAAAUUAUGGAGACCACUAUUCACUAUAUAAAGAAAUUAUAAAACCAUUAUAUUUUCAAAAAAUACAAGAUAUAAGAAAUGCUUUGAAAUAUAUUAAAAAAAAAAAUUAUAUUGUUGAUACAUCUUACGUCCUAUCAAAUUAUGUUGACAAUGAUCUUGUUUGCGAUAAUGUCUAUUCCUAUCUCAUAUAUAAAUCCAUUUUUUAUAAAAAAAAAUUAACUCUAUCUAUGAAAAAGAGUUUUCUCGACAACACUGUGAUGGAUAUUAUGUACCUCUAUGGCGUAUAUCACUCUAUGAAAUUUUUGGAAUCUACCCAUGAAAAUUCUCACCAUAGAAAAGCAAACAUACUGAAUUAUCAAUUGAAGGACUUGAUGACCCACAUAGACAAUGUAUAUAAUAAUGAAAAUAAUCCUAAAGAUAUAUUAAAUUUCCAGAACAUUAUUCCAAAUAAUGACAAAAUUGCAAAUAGUUGUUCCACUAUUUCUGCUGUGCACCAUAACCAUAUACUCACACAAAAAAGCAGUGUAACACAAGAUUAUCAUAAAAACAUAAACUUGGAUGUUGAAUCAAAUAACUUCCUUAUUCCAUGUGGUACAAAUACAAGUAUUUAUGAACACUGUGAUUAUACUAUAGCGGGCUUCGAUACUAACAAUGCUAUCGAAAAAAGUGAUUGCACAAGUUCAAAUGCAGAAUGUCAGAAGCAUUACUUCCAAAAGAGUUUAACCAUUUUCGAUUUAAAUUACUAUAUUCAUAAUUUUAUAAAAGGAAAUAUAAUCCUGUACGCUUCUAAUAACUACAUAAUAGCGGAUGAAAAUGGCCAUUACCCAGAAGGGCACUAUGAGAAUGGCCAUUAUCAGUAUGACCAUUACGAGAAAGAUGAUAACCCUUACAAUUGUGAAGAAUAUGAAAGUGGCCAUUUCGACAACGAUUUAUAUUCCAAAAAUGGAACCAAUUCCCUUCAUGGUGAAGAAUUAACUGAAACAGAAAAUGAGGAUAACGAAGAAGAGCGAGAAGACAAGGGGGAGGAAAAAAGCCUUUCGCAAAAAAAUAAAAAAACAGGGAGAAAGAAAAACUACAGAGAAGCAUCAUCAAAAAGUAGAAGAAGAAAAACAAUCGACAAUUCCAUCACACACAAAAAUUUUAAAAGGAACAAAGGAAACCGAUUAAAUAAUGGGAAAACUGCGAAUAAUAAAUAUAUGAAAGAAGAUAAAACUGUGAACUACAACUCAUCGAGUGCUGACGAUUCAGACAUAUUUGAUAACCUUUCAGAUGAUUUUGAAAUUAUCAAACUUUUAGAAAAUACAAAUUUCGAAAAUAAAAAACCGUUGGGAGGAAUAGGGAAACAUAUAAGAUGUUUAACUAAACACGUUAGUGAAUAUUUUCCUAAUUACUACAUCUUAAACAAUUUCCAAAAAAAAAAAAUCGAAAAAAAAUUAUCACAAAUUUUUUCAAAUGGUACAAAUAAAAGUUAUUCCAAAUUGAACAAUUCCCUUCGACUGUUAUAUUACAAUACAAAUUACAAUAAUAAUACCCUCUUUACCUAUUUCAAAAAAUAUUGUCUUCAUAUACAACACAUUAAUGAUGGUAGAUCUAUUUUCCACAAUAAACGGUUUAAAAAUUACUUCCUUCUAAACAUAAACAGCACGUAUAAUUAUAAUUUCAUUAAUAUAUUCGACACGUAUGUUCAGAAAAAUAACUUCACAAAUACAAAAAUAUACCAAAAGAACAAAAUAUUAAUUUAUAACCUUAGCAAUAAAACUUUUAUCGAUUUUGAUUGGUACCCACAAAAUAUACAUUUGUACAACAUUGCCUAUGUUUCAAAUGCGUCUAGAGAAAUAGACUCUAUGUUAGAUACGCAAGUUUCAAAUUUGAAGAACAGCGUUUAUUGGCUAGAAAUAGAAAACAUAAAAAGAGGGAGGAAAAAAAGGGAAAUACAUUCUGCUCAAAUGCAAAGAAAUAAAGUCAUCCCUUGUAACCCAAUACACAAGGAGAAAGGAACAGAAAUUUCACAAAUGGAUAAACAUAUUGAACAAAGAAAAGAAACACAUUACAAAUCGAUGCAGCGAAAUAAAAAGUCCGAAGGGUACAAAAAUAACACACAGAAAAACAAUUUUGUAAAAAAAGUGAAGGUUAAAAAAAUCAAAACAAAAAACAUGAACAAUUUAAAAGAAUCAUUUAUUUUUGUUACGCAAAUAUUAUAUCACGUUUUCAACUUCACGGAUAUUCUAAACAUGUACGAUGAUUAUGGAAAUUAUCAAAAUGAUAUAUCUGAAAAAAAAACAAAGAAAAAAAAAAUAAGCGAAGAGUACCACCAACUAAACGAACAAAACAAUGAUACAGUUAAAACAAGAAAAAAUGCUUGCAGUGGGUAUACCUAUUGUGCACAUAGUUCAAGAGAGGAAAGCGAAAAUACAGUUAAUGAGGUGAGAGAAGGUUGUAUAAAUUAUGAAGAAUUAAAUGAAGAUGCACACGAGGAGGAAUGCUUAUCAGAUCCUAUGUCGAAUAAUCUUACAUACAACCUUCAAAAGGGACAAUCAGAAGAUGAAAAACAGAAUUGUAACGAAAACAAUUGUAAUUUGAACCAGCUAAAAGACAUAAAAAUGGCAAAAUGGUAUAACAUCGAAAAAACGAAAAAUCAUAACCAAGCACAGAACGAGAAAGUCCUGACAAACAACCCAAAUGUAGAUGUAUUGAAUUCUAAAAAAAGUAGUACUAUAAUCGAGAAAAUAAUGCAUAAAAUGAUAUUCAUCUUUUUACAUCUUGAGAAAAAAAAAAAAAAAGGACUUUUUAUGGAUAAUUUAAAAAAAAUGUAUUUAUAUGAAUUUUUGAAAAAAACAAGCUAUAGAAAAUAUAUACAAGUAAAAAAAGAAUAUGAUUUUAUUCUUUUUUUCUUACACAAAUUAAAUCUUAUAAAUAUAUUUCCCUUCAUGAAUACACACAAAAUAUUCCUAUCACAGUACCAUAGCGAGAAUAAUGCUUAUAAAAGAAAAAACCUCCUUUAUGAACACAAUUUGAAAUAUCCUUUUUUGAAUAUGAUAAACUGCCAUUUGAUGAAUUUCAAAUUGACACACAAAAUGCGUAAAGACAGUGACAUCACGGUGUUUAAAAAGUUCAUCCAGCAAGUUGGAGAGACCCCCACAGGACCACAGCACAAUGAGGUACGACUAAAUGGGAUGGAAAAUACACGAGACAAUCAAAAUAUUUUAAGGAACGAGACAAACGAUAGGAACACGACGAAUGAAAAAUACACAGGAAAAAAAAUUACAUACAAAGGGAAAAACCUAAGCUACGCAGAUUACAUAUAUAUAAAUUACAUAAAUAAUAAGACACUAAGGAAACCGAAUUUUAUCCCGACAACAAUUCUUCUGUUUAAUCUGCCAUGCUGCAUUAUCAUUCACGAUUACUUUUUUUUAUACCUACUGGAAUAUUUUUGUAAAAUGCAAAAUUCCAUAAGCGAAGAAUUGAAAGACGGAUUUAAGGAAAAUGCCGUAUAUCGUAGCUCAUUGGGAGACAAAUUGCUAUGCCUCAUUGAAAAUGAAACAUACCCUCGUGUUAUUAGAUAUAUAAAAAGAAUUAUUAGUAAAGCUUGUAGAUAUUUUGAAAAUAGGCUAUACUUAUAUAAACACAAAAUGGAUUCUUCCUUUUGCAAUAAGAUUACCCUUUACUACUUUAAUGAUAAUUUUGUAAAUGUAAAUAGCUUUAUUUAUGUGAAUGGUAGUGUUAACGUGAAAUUUAUUUUUUUUUAUAUUUUAAAAAUUUUCUUCUAUCUCAAGGCCAAUCCGUAUUCUUCCAUCUUUGACAUAUACAAGAGUGUAGAAAUACUGAACUUUUGUGACCUGAGCUUCUUACUAAGAGGUAUGUGUCAAGACAAUUUCAUUUCCUUCAAAUUGAUGUACGUAUCAGAAAGAAGUGAAAUGUAUAAACUAAACAGAAAUUACAAGAUUGUUAACUACUUCAAUAACUUAGUAGAAAAUGAAAAAUUAAAAAAAAAAAAAAAAAACAUCUUAUCCCCAUUUCCCAAAAAAAGAAUUUGCUAUAUAUUUGAUAACAGCACAAGCUCAUCUGAGGGUUUUUCAACUGAUGAUGAUAUUUUGAAUAAAGUAAAAAUUUGUGCAAAAAAUGGAACGAACCAGAAGGAGGAAAACAAUGGAAAAUAUAAAAAAAAUAAUCAGCCGCAGAAGCAGCAUCAGGCACAGAUGAAUUUGGAUUCACAUAAAAUUCUGAAUACCACGAAGUGCACCCGUACAACUUCUAAAAAAUACAGAGACGAUGGUUUUGGUUUUUCGAGUUAUGAUGCGUUUCUGGAGAAAAUGAUGCACAAAAAGGUAAAACUUUAUUAUGUUUCUGAUGAGGCUCUCAUUUUUGAAAAAUACAACGGUACGUUAUGGGGAUAA